AUGCGUAUUGGCCACGAGGGCCUCGGCACGCCUGGUUCCGGAAGUCUCCGCUCGUGCGGGCUUCCUGUUCCGGUGUCUGUCUCCACGUGGGGGGCUGAGACGGCCCCACGGCCGGCCUCAGGCGGCUUCCCCCAGUACUUGCUGCCUGCGGGGGGCCUUUGUCCUUCCCCAAAAAGACUGAGUUGUGCCAAGGGAGGAAUGCUCCCUGUCCUCCUGACAAUCAGGCCCUUCCAGGAAUCAGUGACAUUCAGGGAUGUGGCUGUGGACUUCACCCAGGAGGAAUGGGAAUACCUGGACCUUUCUGAGAAGGAGCUCUACAGGGAUGUGAUGCUGGAGAAUUACAGACACCUGGUCCAUCUAGGACUUGCCGUCUCCAAGCCGGAUGUGAUCUGCCACUUAGAGCGAGGGGAACCUCCUUGGCAGCCAGAAAGUCAAGUUACAAGGACCAGGUUUCCAGAUUGGGAGUAUAUUCCUGAAACCAAGGAUUCAUCUCCAAAGCUGGGCAUUUCUAUUGAACCUUCAUCCAAGGAAGAAUGUGCAAAGGUUCAUCUCUUUGUCUCGAAUUUUACAAAAUCCCUGGGGUGUGAUGCCAGUUUACAGAGGCAACAGAACACUGAGGAGAAAUAUUCUUGGAUUCAUUCUGGAAAGAAUAAAUGUCUUAUCUGUGGAUUGUCCCUCUAUAGCAAGGCAAGUCUUAUUCGACAUGUGAGAAUUCAUACUGGAGAAAAACCUUAUAAAUGUAGUGAAUGUGGGAAUGCUUUCCGUGAAGGUGUGAUCCUUAAUGUCCAUCAAAGAAUUCAUAGUGAAGUGAGAUCUUAUGAAUGCCGUGAAUGUGGGAAGACCUUCUGCUCAAAGGUGGGAGUUACCCGUCAUGAGAAAAUUCAUACUGGAAUAAAACCUUAUGAAUGCCAUGAAUGUGGGAAGGCCUUCCUUCAGAGGUCAUAUCUUACUCAACAUGUGCAGAUGCAUUCUGGGGAGAAACCUUUUAAAUGUCAUGUGUGUGGGAACGCCUUCCUGCGGAGGACAGGUCUGAAGCAACACGUGAGAAUUCACACCGGAGAGAAACCUUAUAAAUGUAAAGAAUGUGGGAAGGCCUUCUCUGCCAGGAAUCGUCUUUAUUUGCACAUGAGAAUACAUACUGGAGUGAAACCUUAUGGAUGUCAUAUGUGUGGGAAGGCCUUCUCCUCUAGGAAUGAUCUUACUCGACAUGUGAGAAUUCAUACUGGAGAGAGACCUUAUGAAUGUCACCAGUGUGGCAAGGCUUUCAGCCAGAGAGGAUCCCUGACUCGACAUAAGAGAAUUCAUACUGGAUAGUAACCUUAUAUAUCAUCAGGAGUCUUAUAUAUCAUCAGGCCUCCUUUAACUCAACAAAUACUUAUUAAGCAUCUAUGAUGUACAAGGCACUGUGCUAAAACUCUUAGGGAUAUAACACUAAAUGUGAACAUCAUUGCCUUCAAAAUAGAAGUUUAAAAAAAAAAGGAAAUGUGAUGAAUAUGAUAAAUGUGAAACUAUCUUCCCCUGGAACCUGUAGCAUAUGAGUUAGUAAAAAAAAUAAUUCUCACAGGGGAGAUGUUAUAUGCAUGUAAUGAAUUAAGAAAAAUUUCAUUAAGAACAUAGAAUUUCAGAGGUAGGAGGAGCCUCUGUAGCCAUCUAAUUCAACCUGUAUGUGAAAAAGAAUUCACCCAGAAAUGGUCAUCUGGGCCUUGUUUUUAAGAUAGCCAGUGAGAGGGGAAACAUAUUCCUUGACAAGACGGCCUAUUCUAGUCUGGGAUAGCUCCAAGGAUUAGGAAUUUUUUCCUCUCAUUGACUGUCCAUUUGUCUUUUCCUCCCUCAACCAAUUACUCUUUCUUUGGCCACCAAAUAGGAAAAGUCAAAUUCUUUUUACGUGACAGUCCUUAGUUGUUGUGUCCUCCUAGGGCCUUCUCUUUUCCACGCCUAGCACUCCCAAUUCUUUAAUCUUUCCUUCUGUAUUGUGAACUUAAGACCCUUACCUGACCUACUCAGCCUCCUUUAGCUUCUUUUUAUGCAACUCACAAAGGAAGAGGAUUCAAACUAAUAGGAAACCUCAUGGAUUAAAUUAUUCCCUACCUACUUUCCCUCAAUAUUUCUUCCAGAUUCUCUAUUAUCAUUUGACCACAAGAGGAAAAAUUUGGUUUUCACUUCUAAAUAAGAAUCAGAUAGGUAUUACAAUUUAGCUUUACAAAAGAAUGUCCCAGGUCACAUAACCAAGAAAAUGGUGUAUCAGAUAUUUCUUUCAGUCCUAACUCACACAGGAAAAAUUGUGUACCAUAUGAAAAGUAAUUGCAACUGAUUCCACAGGAGAAAAAAGAUCUCUGACAAGGUAAAGGCCUUAUGAAUUAACAUCAGAUAAUACUAAUCUUUAAAGCUUUCAUUAAGCACUUCGUUUUGACCAACCUUCAAAUUUUGCAGAGGUUUGGAGUGCACAAGUGUGUAAUAUUGCAUAUAAUGUAUGAUCCUUGUUGAUGUGUCAGUUUUGUUAAUUUUUCCCCCUCUUCCUCUUCAAAAAAAAUUCUUAUAAGAGAUGUCUCUUUGGGAAGGGCAAGGUAGAGGGGUGCAGAGGGAUAUUUAGACAAUGUAAAAUCAAAAGAUUUAAAUAAAUUUUUAUUUUUAAAAGGUGAA